AUGUCUGGUCGUGGCAAAGGAGGCAAAGUAAAGGGAAAGUCCAAGACUCGCUCAAGUCGUGCUGGUCUCCAAUUUCCAGUGGGACGUAUUCACCGUAUGUUGCGUAAGGGAAAUUAUGCAGAACGUGUCGGAGCUGGUGCUCCAGUUUACCUUGCAGCUGUUAUGGAAUACUUGGCUGCUGAAGUCUUGGAGUUGGCUGGUAACGCCGCUCGUGACAACAAAAAGACUAGGAUCAUCCCACGUCAUCUUCAGUUGGCCAUCCGUAACGACGAGGAAUUAAACAAACUUCUUUCUGGAGUUACCAUCGCUCAAGGAGAAACUUAUAAAUUACAAGCAUUUUAA